AUGACAGCCAUUGAAUCCCAAAGGCUUCACCCAAGACUGCAACAGUCGCCAACCUCGACACCCUUGUCAAUCCUCGAUGCAACCGUAGCGCGCUUUGCCCCGACAGGCGCAAUUUGGAUAUUCGACGAGAAACCCACAAACUUGCAUGAAGAAAUAUUCCUCAGCUCUCUCAGGGUUUCAUUCAUUGAAACUCUCUCCAAAUUCCCUCAAUGGGCAGGCCAGAUCCAGUGGGCACCAGUCAAAUCAAACGGAUGCCAUACAGAACGAUUCAAUCGGCCAAUCCUUGUAUACGGCACCGACACUGAUCCCGGCGUUGACUGGAAAGUAGUCAGACAUCCGUGUAGAAUACACGAGAUAGUCCCCACUGCUAAAGAUCGAGCGUCAAAAGUCACCGGGAAUCGACCAGGAGCAUGGAACGGCAAUGUCUUCAACCAAGGACUAUUCCUACCGUCCGCACCAUUGGCACUGCAUAACCUGAAAGAAUGCAUCGGUUUACCAGGAAUGCAAGUACAAAUUAGCCUUCUCCAAGAUGGGGGAUACGCGAUCGGAGUCAAGAUUGCACACUGUCUAGCCGAUGCACAGGCAUUGAUGGUCUUCGUACAUCUAUGGGCAGCCAACAACCAAAAACAAAUUGGCCUGAAUCCUCAAGGAUCAACAAUGGCCGAUCCAAUCUUCAAUCCCGCACUACUAGACAACUCCGCUGCAGGCGAUAUCGAUGCCCCAGAACCAGACUCUACUCUCACAAAAGUCGCCCGCGAACUACCCUUGCACCGCUACAGUUGGUGGGAUACAUCCGACAAAGCGUAUCCAACAGUCUGCAUACCAACGACAGAAAACUCAAAGCCACCAUCCGCAGACCUCGCCCUUGCAAUCCAGCAGAACAAAAUCACCCCUUCAACCCCAGCGCCCUGGUCAUCAUGGGACUUUGCCAAACCCAUCAGCUACACCCUGCUACACUUUACAGCCGCCCAACUCCGCACCAUCCAAGCCCAAGCCCAAGCUCUCAACACUCAAGAAUCUAGAAAAGACAUCUCCCGCCUAGACGCCCUCCUCGCCCACCUCUGGAAAAGCAUAACAAAAGCACGAAAAGACACAGCCCCCGAAUCACCAGACCCCAUAUACCUGAACCUAAGCCUGGGCGUACGCACACGCACACAACCACCUCUCCCGCAAACAUUCAUCGGCUCACCUCUAUUCCUAACACACGUGUCCAUGCCGGGCACACAGAACAGUCAGGCACCGCUGUCCGAGAUAGCAGCCCGGAUCCGUGAUACGAUGAAGAAGUUUACGCCCGAGGCUGUGGGGGCUAUAUUGCAUGAUGCCGCGCACGAGAUCUCGCCGCAGAGGCUUUGGCAGGGGUUUUUGGGGAGGGGGCAUGUACUUGCUACUUCUUGGUUGAGGCUGGGGUUGUAUGAUGUUUCUUUUGGUGGUGGUGGUGUGCCGAGAUAUGUGCAUGCUGUUAUGCCUAAGGUGGAUGGAUGUUUGCAGGUCAUGGAUGAUGCUGUUGAGGGUGGGGGCAUGGAUGUUGCGCUUUAUCUUGAUGAUGGGGAUAUGAGGACUUUGCUGGGUGAUUCGUUGCUGUGA